AUGUACAACAUGUACAGGCUCGUCUGCAGACGCUCCUCCACCUUCGGCUUCGGCGACGUCCCGGCGUCGCGACGGCUGCCGCUGCUCGGCGACGCGCUGCCCCUUUUGCUGGCCGGCGGCCCGGCCGCCCUCCAUCGCUACAUGGACGCCCGCCACCGCCGUUUGGGGCCCAUUUUCCGGCACGCCGUCGGCCCCGUCGAGGCCGUUUUCAUCGCCGAUCCCGACCAAAUGAGGCUCGUCUUCGCCAAAGAAGGGAAACAUCCGCAACACAUCAAACCGGAAUCCUGGCUGGUGUACAACGAAAAACACAACUACACCAGAGGUUUGUUCUUCAUGGACGGCGAAGAAUGGCUGCACCACAGGAAGACCAUGAACACCAUCCUGCUGAAAGGCGAUUUAUCUUGGCUGGAGCGAUCCUGCGACGAGUCCACCACCGCCUUCACCGAUCGAAUCCGCCUGCAAGCCGACCGGGAAUUCCCCGACAUCGAAAGCGAGUUAUACAAAUGGUCUUUAGACGUCAUCCUAUCGAUUCUAGUAGGCGCCGGGAGUUACACGAGGUGCAGUCGAAGCGUGAACGAAUCAAUCAAACGACUAUCGAGCAUCGUGCAUACGAUAUUCGAAACCACCUGCAAGUUGCAGCUGAUUCCCGCCAAACUGGCGAUGAAGUACAACAUCAAACGUUGGAGGAACUUCGAGGAAUCCGUCACGGAAUCGCUGCGACUCGCCAAUGAGCUACUAGAGGCGAUUCGCGAGUACCAAACCGACGACGGGUUGUUGCAUAAAAUGAACCAAGCGAACAUCGAUAGAGCGAAUUCGAUUAGAAUUAUAGUGGAUUUGAUAUUGAGCGCUGGCGAUACCACAGCUUACACGAUGGCUUGGUUGUUGUACUCGAUCGCGAAGCACCGAAACGUGCAAAACGAGCUCAGAGAAUCGCUGGAACUCGAUCCGCAAACUCCCUACUUGCGGAAUUGCCUUAGAGAAACUCUUAGAUUGCACCCGGUGGCUCCGUUUCUAACGCGCAUACUGCCCGAGGAGCUCAUUCUCUGCGGUUAUCGGAUACCAGCAGGAACGCUGCUCGUUAUGUCUAUAUACACCAGCGGUCGGGACCCCGAGUACUUCCCCGAACCGCUGGAGUUCGAUCCGAAGAGAUGGUGCAGGAGCACCGCCGGCGGGCGGAGCUCCAGCAGGCUGGCGAGUUUACCGUUCGGCAUCGGCGCCAGAUCGUGCAUCGGCAGGAGAAUCGCCGAGACCCAGCUGCAGAUGACGCUGGCGAAGAUCGUUAGAAACUUCGACGUGAGUAUCCUCAACGCGGAUCGGAUCGAAGACGUUCUGAUGAUGGUGUCGAAGCCGUCGGUGCCUCCGCGGUUGGUUUUCAAUAAACUUUAG